AGUUUUAUUACAUUUGUAUGAAUUCUCCGCAUGAAUAGCUAAGAUCAGAGGAAGAGAGCAAAGUUGAAGAGGUCUUACAAUCCUCUCUCUAUUAUUAACUCAAUAUUUUUCUUCUUCUUUUGUCCUCCAAUUUUCCUCCUGCGCGCGCCGUUGUGUCCUCUAACACAACGGCAUCAGCAAGGAGGUGAUAAAAUCUGCCGGGUUGCCGGCAUUUUCCGCUUCCAUCUUCUCCUCCUGUUUGUGAAUGUGAUCCAAAAUACCCAAACAUUAAACAAAAAGACCACAUUUAUACGCCCUCCGUGAUUGAUUAAAAAUGCAGAUACCAUGGAGGAAUAUCUCUUGGGUUAUUAUUUUGGUUGUUAUAUUUGCGCACUACUUCCAAUCAUGUAACGGGCAGGAUUAUGGCGAAGAGGAAACCAAACUGGCAGCACCGCCACCAGAGCAAGACAAUUGCAAUGGAAUUUUCAUUACGUAUAGUUUUGAAGGACGACAGAAGGUGUAUCCAUUGGUAAAAAAUGUAUCAGCACAAGCAUGGUCAUUUAAAUCCAUGUUAACCGUAAUGAAUACAGGGAUUAAUGAGCUAAAGUCGUGGAAAGUCUUCGUGGGAUUUCAGAAUAAAGAGCUGUUAAUAUCCGCGGAUGGAGCUGUUGCAAUGGAUGGCGAUGGAUUUCCUGUUAAAGUUGGUAAAAAUGGUACAACAUUGGCGGGAUAUCCACAAUCCGAUUUGAAAACAGCAAUUGAUACCGCGGGGGAUUUUACGCAGAUGGCUGCUCAGAUAAGUAUAAAGGGGACACAAUUUGGUCUUAGCGAGAAAACAAAUCCAAUGCCUUCAACUAUUAAGCUUGUUAACGAAGGAUAUAAAUGCCCUGCUCCUAAGCGCUACAAAACAUACCAACAGGUAUGCUGCUCGAGGGAUCCUAAAUACAAGCCCAAGAAUGUGACCACCAAGUUCAUGCCGCGUAGUUAUGGAGACCUCUCCAUAACUUACGAUGUUCUAUCAGCCUUCACGAACAGGUACCAAGCCCAAGUUACAAUUGACAAUCUCAAUCCUUUGGGUCGACUUGAUCACUGGAACUUAACGUGGGAGUGGAUGAGGAACGAGUUCAUUUACAGCAUUAAAGGUGCACAUACUCAUAAAAAAGACCCUUCUGAAUGCAUUUAUGGACCUCAAGGACAAUAUUACAAGGAUUUCGAUUUCACUACUGUGAUAAAUUGCCAAAAGAAACCAAUCAUUUCCGAUUUGCCUAGGGAGAAAGCCAACGAUGAUAAAAUGGGCAAGUUGCCGUAUUGUUGCAGAAACGGGACUCUAUUGUCACCUGUCAUGAAUGAAACAGAAGCAAGGUCCAUUUUUCAGAUGGAAGUUUUCAAACUUCCUCCUGAUAUGAAUAGAACCGCCUUAAAUCCGCCUCAGAACUGGAAAAUCAACGGUAUAAUGAACCCGGCUUAUACAUGUGGACCGCCAGUCAGAGUUGAUCCAACAGGAUUCCCUGAUCCUCAAGGAAUUGGAAUUACUACUGCUGUGGCUACCUGGCAAAUAACUUGUAACAUAACUACCCCGAAGCCUAAACAAGCCAAAUGUUGUGUUUCUUUCUCCGCGUAUUAUGCUGAAUCUGUUAUCCCUUGCAACACUUGUGCAUGUGGAUGUGAACAGACAGCAAAAUGUGACGCGAACAGAAAGCCUCUACUUCUUCCUUCACAAGCGCUUCUCAUCCCUCCUGAAAAUAGGACAAAAUUGGCGAAAGCUUGGAGCCAUUUAAAACAUCUUGGCGCUUUGCCUAGUAAACUACCUUGUCCUGAUAAUUGUGGAGUGAGUCUCAAUUGGCAUUUAGAUAGUAACACCGAGACCGGAUGGACUGCACGAAUAACUCUCUUCAACUGGGGAGAUUACGCGUAUGAAAACUGGUUUUCCGCUAUCCAAAUGAAGAAAGAUUUCGCUAAGGGCUACGAAAAUGUUUACUCAUUCAACGGUACAAAACUAACUAAUCAAAGGAACAACACUAUCUUUAUGCAAGGUUUACCUGGUUUGAAUUUCUUGGUAGGAGAGGUUAAUGGAAGUGAUCCUAAUAAUGAUCCAAGAAUACCUGGAAAACAACAAUCAAUCAUAUCAUUCGUAAAGAAGCAUACACCGCGUAUUAACAUCCAAGGUGGCGAUGGAUUCCCUUCUAAAGUGUUCUUCAACGGAGAAGAAUGUGCGCUUCCACCAGAGUUUCCUAAAAGUACUGCAGCAUUCAAGUCCCAGUUUGGUCUUCUACCGGCAGUUUUGCUUGCGCUCUUCACUUUUCUUCUUUUGACGGAUGGGUUACACUGAUCAUCACUCUUACCUGACGGUUUCUCUAGAGGCAAAUGGUCAUGAAAAGAUGGGAGCAGUAAGGGGAGAAAAAACAGGAAAAUUAAAGUGACCAUCACAUGAAUCUGAAGUUGAAGAGUAUUGUAAUCAAGUUGUGACAGCAAAAGUUGUAUGAUGAUAGCUCGUAUGUAUUGCCUUAGAAUUUAUAUUCCAAUGAAAACUCCAUCAUCUUUUUUCAAUUGUUUAGUGAACUUUGGGUGAUGAAAUCUAGUUGUUUGUUGUGUAUGAUUACUCAAUUUUUGAGAGUUCA